AUGCCCCGCUCAAGGCAACCCGCUCGGUUCUCGAGCGAAGCUCCCUCCGAAUCCUCCUCCUCGACCUCCCCCGAUCGCACCGCCGAUGAUGACACCGACUUUUUCACAGCUCAAGCCAACGAUUCAGAGUCCUCCGUGGGCGCUAUAAAUGGCCGGGAUUCCCAUGCAUAUUACGACUCAGAUCGGGCCCUGCCGCCCAUCGGACGGUUGCCUCCGGAGAUCUUGAUCGCCAUCUUCGCCAAACUGAGUUCGCCAGCCGAUAUGAUGAGCUGUAUGCUGGUCUGCAGAGGAUGGGCGGCAAACUGCGUGGCGAUCUUGUGGCACCGGCCAUCGUGCAACAGCUGGGACAACAUGAAGAGCAUCAGCACCACAGUGGGCAAGCCAAACAGCUUCUUUCCUUACUCGGACCUAAUCAAGAGACUGAACCUGUCCGCUCUCUCGGGCGACGUCAGCGAUGGAACGGUCAUGACCUUUGCUCAGUGCAACCGGAUCGAGCGAUUGACGCUGACCAACUGCUCCAAACUGUCGGACACCGGCGUGUCAGACCUGGUGGAAGGGAAUCGCCAUUUACAGGCGUUGGAUGUGUCGGACUUGGGGCAUCUCACCGACCACACUCUGUACACGGUGGCUAGAAACUGUCCCCGGCUUCAGGGGCUCAAUAUCACGAACUGCACCAAGGUGACGGACGACUCCUUGCUUGUCGUGUCUCGUAAUUGCCGACAGAUCAAACGGUUAAAACUGAACGGAGUCGCGCAAGUCACGGACAAAUCAAUUCUGUCGUUCGCUCAGAGCUGCCCGGCCAUCCUGGAGAUUGACCUUCAUGACUGCAAGCUCGUCACCAACAAGUCGAUAACCGCCUUGAUGGCGACACUGAAUAAUCUCCGUGAGCUACGACUGGCCCACUGCACCGAACUUGACGAUAUGGCGUUCUUGGAGCUGGCACCGCAUAUUACUUUGGACAGCCUGCGCAUCCUGGACUUGACAUCCUGCGAGAAUGUUAGAGACGCUGCCGUUGAGCGUAUUGUGGCAUCGGCGCCGCGCUUACGGAACCUAGUGCUCGCAAAGUGUCGACUUAUCACGGAUCGCGCAGUCUGGGCCAUCUGCAAGCUCGGCAAGAAUCUGCACUACGUCCACUUGGGACACUGCUCCAACAUCUCCGAUGCAGCCGUGAUGCAGUUGGUCAAGUCCUGCAACCGUAUCCGGUAUAUCGACCUGGCGUGCUGUACCCGUCUCACGGACGCAAGUGUGCAGCAGCUGGCUACGUUACCCAAACUCCGGCGUAUCGGCUUGGUCAAGUGUGCCAACAUCACGGACAACAGCAUUCUAGCCUUGGCGGGUCCCAAGGCUUCCCACCACUCCGCAGGAAUCAGUAGUCUAGAGCGGGUGCAUCUCAGUUACUGCACUUUUCUCACCCUCAGAGGAAUCCAUGCACUGGUCAACAGCUGUCCUCGUCUGACACACCUCAGUCUGACGGGGGUUCAGGAGUUCUAUGCGCGAAAAGAAUUGACCGAGUUCUGCCGCGAGGCGCCUCCAGAGUUCACGCCCCAACAGCGCGACGUUUUCUGCGUAUUCAGCGGCGAUGGUGUGAACCACUUGCGUAACCAACUGAAUCAUAUGAUUCCCCCUCCACCGCCGCAGGACAUGACGGAGGCGACCAUGUAUGAUGACGACGAAGAACUGGACGAGGAUGAGGGCCAGGUGACUGGCCUGAUGCGCGCGACGGCGGCCACGGCGAUUAAUGACGAUGAUUACAUUGACAUUGGACAUACACCCAGUUGA